AUAAAGGCAGAUGCACCGGCGAUCCUUGGUAUAUUAUCACGUAUCGGUCGUCGUUGUCGUUUAAGGGCAAAGGGCCGCCUUGGGAUCGCUCGCACCACCGAUCACGAAAUAUACACGUACAGAAAAAGAGAGAGAUAGACGCCGAGAUGAAGACGAUCCUCGUCCUCUGGACGCUUGCGGCCGGUAUUCUGGCGGCGCCGCAGCUUAACCCGAACGAAAUCACGAUCGUGAAGCAGGACGAGGUGAAUAACAUCGGAGUAGGUGGAUACCACUUCAGCUAUGAGCAGAGCGACGGCCAAAAGAGAGAGGAGACGGCCGAACUGAAGAACGAAGGCACCGACAACGAGGCGAUGAGCGUUGUCGGUAGCUUCAGUUUCAUCGCGCCGGACGGUCACACGUACAGGGUCGAUUAUACCGCGGACGAGACCGGAUUCCACCCUACCAUCAAUCUCGUCGCAAAGUAACAAGGCCUGAACGAGGACUGAAGUUACACUAGGAUUUUGCGGUCGUCGACACACACGUACACACAACACAUACACAACGCACACAUACACGACCAUGUACGUGUAAUUAUACACGCGCAUUAGGAUUAUACUUAUAAACUUGUAUGCUGCGAGGCACGCGAUUCACCGACGCGAACCGCCGUCGAAGACGUCGUCGAUCGCCGGAGGAUGAUCGAUCUUCCGCGCGCGGUUGGCCGAUUCGUCUCGGCGAACUCGGCGGAAUUGAUCGCGUUACUUCGCAGAGGAGGCAUUGCGAAAUGCAUGCACGCGAUGCAGCGCGCAGCCGUUGCUCGAAAUCGUCCGAAGAAUUUUGCAAUCGGGCUCGACCACCUUGCGGUCGCCUUCGCUCCGAAACCGAUCGUGACUCCUUCAGUGCAUCGAGCUAAAUAUAUGACAUCGCAGCAUCCAGUAUAAAAUACAAUAAGCACACCGAGUCGACAGAAUCGAAAUUGUAUCACUACGCGGUCCUCUGCCGACGCGUUCGCGCAAGGAGCAUCCGCACGCGUUACGCAACACACGUUAACGAGCCGCACGUCUGCAUGCAUUCGCGUGUCCCGAGAGUGAAACGCCUGCUCUCGCUCGCAGCCGGCGAUAUGUACCAUUCAGUUUCUCGAAACUGCCAGCAAACACUUUGAAACGUCAGGGCUUUUCGUUUGCAGCUCUAUCUCAGCGAGGCAACGGCGCAGCACUCAUUGCAGCGCCGCGAUCUUUUUAUACACAUAUCUAUACAUGUAUCUAUAACAGAAUGCAACUCGUGCAAAUAAACUUGUAUACAUACUGAA